AGCAGAAAAAAAGACAAACAAGAAAAAAAAAUAAAAAGAAACAAAGAAACAGAAAAAAAGAAAAAUAAAUAAAAGAAAAUAACAACAAAAAAAUCACCUAUAAUUGCAAGUCAGUGUUACCAAUCUGCCAAAUAUGUCUGACAGUGUUGCCAACGGUGGAGGGAGGGUGGAGGACCUUCGCCUUAAGCUAACCUCAUCUGAAACUUCCACUACCCUUGUUUCACCCCACCACGCCCCCCUCCGAUGCCCACUGCCCCCUCGUCACCGACCCCCCCGCCCCCCCUUAUACAAGCCAGGAUUAACAAUGUCGGUAUCAGACGGCUUGGCGGGUACUGGGAAGGAGGUGGACGCUGGCGAGGCUCCUGGUAUGGGUGUGGCGAUGGGCGUGCGAACCUACAAGAUCCGCUGGUUCAUUUUGUGCCUCUUCGUGUUGUACUCCAUGUCCAACGCCUUCCAGUGGAUCCAGUAUUCCAUCAUAGCUAAUGUUAUUGUAGAAUAUUACGGCGUGGACACAACCCUGGUGGACUGGUUGUCAAUGAUAUAUAUGAUAACCUACAUUCCUCUCAUCUUCCCCGCGUCUUGGUACCUGGAGAAGGCGGGCCUCCGUCGGGCAGUUCUCAUCGGCUCCUUUGGCACAAUGGUCGGCGCGUGGAUCAAGGUGGGGUCUGUGGCGAGGAACCGCUUCUGGGUCACCUUCGCGGGGCAGUUCGUGGUAGCAAUAUCUCAAGUGUUUAUCCUUGGUGUGCCUCCCCGCCUCGCCGCCGUCUGGUUCGGGCCUGACCAAGUCUCCACCGCCUGUGCUAUUGGUGUGUUUGGGAACCAGCUGGGCGUGGCUUUGGGCUUCCUGGUGCCUCCUGCCAUCGUGCCAACAACUGAAGAUAUGGACCUGGUUGGGCAGAGGCUGGUCUAUAUGUUCUACGGAGUGGUUGCCCUGACGACCACCCUGUUCAUCACGAUCGUUAUUGUGUUCAGGGAGAAACCACCCACGCCCCCAACUACUGCCGCCCUUACGCAGGAGGAGACAGGAUCUUACGUGAAAGGAAUCGUUAAGCUCAUAAGAAACCCAGGCUACGUUCUCCUGCUUCUCUCCUACGGGAUCAACGUGGGAGCCUUCUAUGCGAUCUCCACGCUGCUCAACCAAGUGGUUCUUGCGCACUUCGAAGACGCCUCUGAGGACGCGGGGCGCAUAGGCCUCCUCAUCGUGCUGGCUGGCAUGAUGGGCUCCGUGGUGUGUGGCUUCAUUCUCGACAAGACGGCCAAGUUCAAGCUGGUGACGUUAGUGGUGUACUUGCUCUCCACCUUCUUCAUGUUGGGAUACACUUUCAUCUUCCGCCUCAACCAAAUUUGGCUCGUUUACAUCAUGGCGGCCGUGCUCGGGUUCUUCAUGACGGGGUAUCUUCCAGUUGGUUUUGAGUUUGCGGCAGAGCUGACCUACCCAGAACCAGAGGGCACCAGCUCAGGCCUGCUCAACGCCUCUGCUCAGUUCUUCGGGGUCUUGUGUACUCUUGCGGACGGGCAGCUGUUGGCAGGGUUCGGCGACAUGGCAGCCAACCUUCUCCUAGUCGCAGUAUUAAUAGUGGGUUCCAUCAUGACAGCAUCUAUAAAGGAAGAUCUGAGGAGGCAGGCGGCCCACGGGAGGACUGCAGGAGCUAACGGGGCCACCAGCAUGUGAAGGGAGCGGAGGAACACCACGCCCUCCACUGCUACUGCCGGAGACGCUGCAGAAGGGGUGUUUGGAGUGCGAGGCAAGAUUAAAUGUCAGUGAUGGUGGUGGUGGUGGUGGUGUUGAGUGAUCAAGUAAGAUUAGACGUUUCUGAAAGGGAUUGGAUAAGGUUUUGAUAGUUUUCGGUUAAGUUAUAAAGGUAUUUGGUAAGAGUGGGCGUGUUUGUAAAGGAUUAGGAAGGUAUUGGUAACAGUGAUACGUGUUCUGAAAGGAUUGGAAACUUUGUAAAGGGUUGGGUUAAGUUGUAAAGGGUUUUUUAAAAAGAUCACGUGUGUUUAUAAAGGGUUGGAUAAGAUUAGGAAAAUUUUAUAAGUGAGGUUACAAAGGGUUAUGGCAUAAUUAGGCUGUUUCUAAAAGGAUCAUAAGAGUUUUGAUAAAGUUAAGCCGCUUUACAAAGGAUUAGAUCGACUCAGAAAGGGUUUUGGUAAGAUCGCGUGUGUUUAUAAGGGAUUGGAAAGGUGUGAGUGGGAUUGGCUUGGUUUAUAAGGAAUCAGAAAGGUGUUAGUGGUAUUGCGUGAGUUUGUAAAGGGUUGGGUCGAGUUUAUAAAGGUUUGGGCAAGACCGAGUAGUGUUUUGAAAGGAUUGGAACAGGUUAAGAGGGAUUUGGAUUAGGGUUAGGAAGGAAUUAAGAGGAUUCCAGUAUUGAGAGAGAGAGAGAGAGAGAGAGAGAGAGAGAGAGAGAGAGAGAGAGAGAGAGAGAGAGAGAGAACAAA